AUGACCAAGUUCUUCGUGAGAAAUAAAAGUCGUUCUGUCCGAAAAAGUCAAAAUCCGCCAAAUGGGGACAAACUUCGCUCCAAGGAAUCGACUCCGGAAAGCAGUGGACGUCUUAGUAGCGACACGCAACCGGGCCAAGAGAAACAGGUUUGUGAAGAUGGCAACAGUAAAGUGUCCACCAAACCAGAAAAGAAUAUCGUACUGGCUCCCUACAAUUACAUAGCCGGAUUGCCCUCGAAGAACGUGAGAGAAAUAUUCAUUCAAGGCAUUCACAUAUGGAUUCAGGUUCCCCAGCCGACCCUUGAAUCUAUCAAAUCUAUUACUAACAUCCUUCACCAAUCAAGUCUUAUGUUCGAUGAUCUCGAAGACGAGUCUCAACUUCGUCGAGGGAAGCCCGCCACGCACAUGUUGUAUGGCCCAGCUCAGACCAUCAAUUCUGCCGUAUAUGCUCUGGUCAAUACCUUCUCAGAAGUGCAGCGACUUGACAGCUCAGAGACAACGGAAAUAUUCAUUGAUGAAUUGCAAAACCUCCAUUGUGGCCAAUCAUUUGACCUAUACUGGAAGUACCAUGGCCAUAUCCCUACUGUCGAGGAGUAUAUGAUGAUGAUAGACCACAAAACUGGUGGCUUGUUCCGACUCUGUGUGCGCCUCAUGCAGGCUAAAUCAAUUAGUUCUGGUCCACAUCUAGAACUUACCCACUUCGUAAGCCUUCUAGGUCGUUUUUUUCAAAUCCGCGAUGAUUACCAAAAUCUCAUGUCGGAAGAGUACUCCCAUCAGAAAGGAUUUUGCGAGGAUUUUGACGAAGGCAAGAUCUCACUGCCUUUGAUAUACUACAUGCAAAGUUCUGGGUUAGAAAGUGAUCAAGUUAAGGGUUUGUUGUUUAGUCGGCGGUCAUCAGGCGAUGGAUUGCCACUUGGAAUGAAGGAAUUUAUUCUCAAAGCAAUUAAAACGAAUGGAGCUAUUGGAAAAACAAAGGCAUUGCUACAGACGAUGCAUAAUGAUCUUCUUACGGAGCUUCAUCGGCUAGAGGCUAGUUUUGGGUUAAAGAAUCCGAUUCUGGAGGGAAUAUUGACGAAGUUACAGGUCUAG